CGUUUUUUGACGGGAUUUGUAAGUUCGAACCAGUCAGUUAUAUGUUACGUAAGAUAUAUUUUAAUUUUAUGUAGAUAAUGUUAAAAUGGUGACACGAUACUAAGCGUAAAUAUGAUGGACGACGAAUUUUAUCCGCCGCCGGAAUGCCCAGUGUUUGAGCCAAACGAAGAAGAAUUUGCUGACCCGCUUGGCUACAUCAAUAAAAUUAGACCGAUAGCGGAGAAAGCAGGCAUCUGUAAAAUUCGGCCUCCCCCGCAUUGGCAACCCCCAUUUGCAAUUGAUGUGGAAAACUUUCGUUUUACACCAAGAGUUCAACGAAUUAAUGAACUAGGGAUUCACACUCGUAUCAGACUACAGUUUAUUGAGAGUGUUGCCAAGUUCUGGGACUUGCAGGGCCAGGGGUUUAAACUUCCCCAUGUAGGAGGAAAGGCAUUGGAUUUAUAUGGACUACAUGAAUGUGUUAGAAAGCUGGGUGGCUUUCAGGAUGUAUGUAAGAACAAACUAUGGAACAGUGUAUGCAACAAGCUCUGUUUGCCCAAAAACUUUGGCACAGUGUUGCGACAACAUUAUGAGAGGAUUUUGUAUCCAUUUGAUAUCAUGAAGUCUGGAGUUCUGCUAAUGAGAAUUUAGAAAGUCUUGCUUCCGAGUUGAAACUAAAUACAAUGAAACCGAAGAAAAAGACCAUGCACCAAGGUGCAAAUGUAUCUUUGGAUAACUUGGAUUUCUUCAAUGGCCAGUUAUCUCCUGACAACCUGAUGAAACAGAGGAACAAACGUAAACCUGUAGAAGAACCAUUGGUGGCUGAUGUUUCUAAGAAUAAAGAACUUGCCAAACUACAGUUGUUUGGUAGUGCUGGUCCUAAGAUGGUAGGGUUAGGGCUGAUGGCCCAAAGCAAGACACGAAUGAGGUCAUACACACCAGCACCAGCCACAGAAGUACCUGCUGUAGAUGUUAAAACUGAAGAUAUAAAGCCCGAGAUCAAAGUAGAAGCUACCGAAGUAAAAGUAGAAAACACUGAUUCUGCUGCUUCUAAAGAGGUUGAAGUAAAGGCAGAGUUGGAAGACAAGAAAAGUAAAGUUGAGUUGAAGAACAUCAGAAGAAUGAGGAAUCGAGCUCCAGAUCAAAUCCCUUAUUCUGUUAUUGACUCCAUUGGUAACUGCAAGAUGUGUUCCAAGGACAGCAAUGAAUCACUCUUGUUAUUAUGUGAUGGCUGUGAUGAUAGUUACCAUACAUUCUGCCUCAUACCCCCUCUACCUAAUGUACCUACAGGGGAAUGGAGAUGCCCUAAAUGUAUUUCAAAGGAAUGCAACAAAAAGACACAAGCUUAUGGGUUUGAACAAGCUAGAAAGGAAUAUACGUUGCAAAGCUUUGGAGAAAUGGCUGAUGCAUUUAAAGCAGAAUACUUCACAAAACCGGCACAUAUGGUUCCAACUGAGGCAGUUGAACGAGAGUUCUGGAGGUUGGUUGGAUCAUUAGAGGAGGAUCUGGCAGUGGAGUAUGGGGCAGACAUCCAUGUUAUUGAGAAGGGGAGCGGAUUUCCUAGGAUGUCGGAUGCAGAGAAGAGGAAGUUGUCAACAGAAGAAGAGGAAUAUGCGAAAAGUGGUUGGAACUUAAACAACCUUCCAAUACAAGAACAAUCCUUACUGAGGUCGAUAUCUGGGGAUAUAUCUGGAAUGAAGAUUCCAUGGGUGUAUGUGGGCAUGUGUUUCUCUGCAUUCUGUUGGCACAUUGAGGACCACUGGACCUACUCCAUCAAUUAUAUGCAUUGGGGUGAACCAAAGACAUGGUAUGGAAUACCUCGAGAAGAUGCGACUAAAUUCGAACAAGUGAUGCACGACUCCGCACCUGAGUUGUUUAUUAACCAUCCUGAUCUAUUGCACCACUUGGUCACCACUAUGAACCCGGCAACACUGAUGAAGAAAGGUGUGCGAGUGGUUCGCACCAACCAGUGUGCCGGGGAAUUCAUGAUAACUUUCCCAAGAGCUUACCACGCUGGUUUUAACCAAGGUUAUAACUUUGCUGAGGCUGUUAACUUCUGUCCAGCAGACUGGGUUCCUGUUGGUCGCCAGUGUGUAGCCCACUACAGAAAGAUGAAAAAGACUUGUGUUUUCUCGCAUGAGGAGAUUGUAUGUAAGGUAGCGAACAAUCCAGGCAGCCUUGAUGUUCAAGUAGCAGCCGUCAUAUACAGGGACAUGCUGAUGAUGAUACAACAGGAGAAAGAUCUUCGGAAACAACUAAUGGAACUGGGUAUCACUAAAGCUGAAAGAGAAGCCUUUGAAUUACUACCUGAUGACGAACGACAGUGUAGACAAUGUAGAACAACCUGCUUCUUAUCAGCAGUUACUUGUCCAUGUAAACCAGACUCACUUGCUUGCCUCUAUCAUGUGGAAAGCUUAUGUACAACUUGCCCUACUUCAGAGUUUGUGUUAAGAUACCGAUACAGCCUUGAUGAACUGCCACCCAUUCUACACAAACUGAAGCAGAGAGCCGAAGCUUUUGAUAUGUGGAGCGACAAAGUAAAAGAAGCUUUCAAGAAAACAUCCGAUAAAUUGACGCUUCCAGAACUUAAGGUUUUAUUGUUUGAAUCUGAAGAGGGGAAAUUCCCUGAGAAUGAUUUGCUUCAGCGAUUAAAAUCAGUGGUGCAUGAAGCUGAGAUUUGUUCUCGUGUUUCGCAGCAGUUGGUCAACACUAGAAAGCACCGUACACGAUUAAAAGAUCCAAUGUCCGCGAUGUCAGUGAACGCGUCAGGAAUGAACAGAUGUUGUUUAACAUUGGAAGAAAUACAAGCCUUCUACAAACAACUGCAGAACCUGCCAUGUGCUGUACCUCAUCUUAAACAGGUAUCAGAAUACAUCGUCAACAUUCAGGAGUUCAUUUCCGCAGUGGAGGAGGGAUUGAAUAAAGAGGAACCAACCAUAGAAGAAAUCACCAAACUCCUGGAGGAUUCAUCCCAGUUUGAUCUCGAUCUUCCUCAGAUUCCUCUCCUACAUCAGUCCCUCCAACAAGCGAAGUGGUUGAAAGAUGUUCGCUCCCAUCUCCUACUUGACCCCGACGAUGAAGAUGAACCUCGUGCCCCCGUUACGUUAGAACAACUCCGUAAACUGAUAGAUCAAGGGAUCUCCGUCGCCCCCAAGCCAUCUGUGGAGCGAGCUAUGGCAGAACUACAAGAGCUUCUUAUGUUGGCUGAGAGUUGGGAAGGAAAAGCAAAGGAUUGUCUCACUAAUAAAAUGCAAGUGAGCAUCACUGGUGCAAUAUCAGUGACUGAGAAAUCCAAACAGAUUCCCGUCUCGUUACCUCAAUGUACUAAACUUGCUGAGGUUGUUCGGAAAGCACAAGCGUGGCUCAAUAAGGUGAAAACAAUUCAAAACCAAGAUUAUUAUCCUUACAUUGAAAUGCUUGAUGCGCUGGCCAACCAAGCCCGCCCUAUGUGUGUUAAGAUGGAACAACUUUCAUUGAUCGAGAACCAAAUCACAAGCGCCAGGGUGUGGAAAGAACAAACUUCAAAAAUAUUCCUCAAGAAAAAUUCCCUGUUUACCUUGCUACAGGUGUUAAACCCUCGUAUUGAGAUGAAUUCAUCUGGAGGAUUAAAAUGGAGACGACGGAAGAAUCGAUCUUCAAUGGAUGAACAACAUCCCGAGAAAAACAAUAAAUCCACGACCACCAUCUUUGACUCCCCGGACCCCAUCAAGGUCGUCUCAGACUUCAAGGAGGCGGAGGUUAAAGAGAUGGAGAUGUUGAUGGCACUCAGAGAGACAAACAACGCUAAAGCUUCCGGGUUGUCCAUUGAUAGCCCGACGUCGCCCAUCAAGCACACCAAGACCACAGAGCACGAGACGCCCGAUGAAGACGCGGUGUUGUAUUGUAUCUGUAAGAAACCUUCAAGUGGUUUCAUGCUUCAGUGUGAAGUUUGCCAUGAUUGGUUCCAUACCUCAUGUGUUCCUUUACCUAAACUCAAUAAUAAUAAGAGCAGGACGCAACAAGUUUACGAACUUAAGUUCUUGUGUCCUCUCUGUCACCGAUCGAGACGUCCUCAUCUUACCACCAUCUUAUCCCUGCUGCUACAACUUCAACGCCUUCCUGUGAGGAUUAAAGAGGGGGAGUCGCUUCAAUGCCUCACUGAGAGGGCCAUGGCAUGGCAGGACAAAGCGCGGCGCGUCCUGUCAACCGAAGAGUGCCAAGCCGCGCUCAAGCAAGCUAUAAUACUUGCAGGAGAGAAUGACUCCACAGAAACAAACUCCACGCGGCGCCGAAAACACCGUACAAGUGAAAGUGUGACUUCCGACACCGAAAAGGACCCUGUGUGCAAAAUAGAAAGCUCAACACCUAGCACUGUACCAACAGAGCCACGGAACUCGAUUGACGAAGCCAUUGACGCUGUCAUAAAGAACACUAUGACAUCAUCAACGCAACGAAACACUUCCGGAGUCGAUAACUUGAUCCAUGCGGCCAAUGAAGCGGAAAGAAGGCUGAGCAGCCAAUCAGAGAACAGCGAUGCUCACUCCACGGAGCACGAGGAAGCCAUGGAAGCGGCGGAAGCCCUUGCCAUGUUCGCGAGCUUUAGUAACAAUAAACCCCCCACUGUGCAACCCCCAACCCCAGCUACUGUGAACCAAGACACCCAAUUAUCAACAACUCAACCCUUACAAAAUAUUCCAACUAAAAACGACCUCAAAACCCAGACAACUGACAAGCUUGGUUCCACACCAGCGAUUCCACUUUUAUCGAGGCCACACGUUUAUAUAAACCAUACUACCACACAGCCAACAGCAGCCCUCUUAUCCAAUGAUAUGAAGUCACAACUUGAAUCACUAAUGUUGGAAGGUGACUUGUUGGAGGUCUCACUUCCUGAGACACAAAUUAUAUGGAAAGUACUUCAAGCUGCUCAGCCUAUGAAAGAUGACAAUUUCUUAGACCUCUUGGAGGAAGAGAGCCAAAGUUUGAAAUCAUCGGAGCACGACCACGAGAAGAAGAGAAAGAAGAGAGACGAGCAUGGAGGGAAGAAGAAGAAGAAACAAAAGCUUAAGACUGAUGAGUCUUUAAAGAAAGAUAAGACUGAGAAAAAGAGGAAACGAAAGGAACAGGCAUUGGAAGCGUUACAGAGCGUACCGGAUGAGGAAGAUUACGCUUUCUGCUCCGUUGCUACGGCUACCAACGGUCGUCAGCAAUGUUUGCAACCAAUGGGAGAAGAGGUGAACUGGGUUCAGUGCGACGGUGGAUGCGAGGAAUGGUUUCAUUGCGUCUGUGUCGAGAUAAGCGCAUCUGAAGCAAAGGAUUCAGAUUAUAUUUGCCACUCAUGCAGAACCGACAUUUCGAACCGAAACACCGAUUUAUCUCGACAGAACUCCAACACAAGCAAUAUGGACGUUGACGUCAUCAACACAGCUCCUCCAUCACCAUUGUUAUAAUUCAUUACGUCACAAUUAUUAAACAAACGGUCACCGUAUGCCCGUUUUAACGUGAAAUCAUAUUGUUUCGUAGUUAUUAUUACCCGCGCUUCGUUUAUGUUCAUUUUCCCACAUAGACGUUAACGAGUAUUAUCGCGAAUGUCGAUGUACACUGCACAUGCGCAGUGGUGCCAAAGUAACUUCGUUUAGGUUGGUGUAUCUCUUUCUUUGUCGUUUCUUUGUCUAUCUUUAUUCUACUUUUUUCUUGCGAAACCUACUUUUGAUAAUUGUUAAUAAAUAAUGCGUUCUAAGCGGCG